CAGCUGGGUUUUGGGAGAAAGUACUAGAAUUUUCCGUGGUGGGGGAAGUGUUAAAUUUUGCGUUUUCCGAAGAAAAAGACAAAUUUCCAGUGUACAGUGCAUUUUCCAAAAUCUCCAGCAAAAUGUUUGGCUCCUCGAUGCUCAAUGACUUCGACGAUGAUCCAUUCUUUGGACAUCACUUGCGCUCAAUGCGUCAGAUGAGCAAUAUGAUGAACUCCCUGCUGUCAGAUCCAUUUGGGAUGUUUGGAGGCUUCGAUAGCAUCGGUGGGGGCGCUCCAGCUCUCAUGGGUGGCAGUCAGACAGCUUUGACCCCCUUUGGCUUUCCCAAUAUCAAUCGUUUGCUCGCUGGUCCGGGAUCCUUCAUGUCAGCUGCUGAACAUCAUCCGGGCGUUCAGUACAGCUCCAGCAGCAGCUUCGUGUCAAUGACUUCGGGUCCCGAUGGACGUCCACAUGUCUAUCAGGCGUCCAGCAGCACAAAAACCGGACCCGGUGGCCUAAGGGAGACCCAAAAGACCAUCCAGGACUCUCGCACGGGUAUCAAGAAAAUGGCCAUUGGACAUCACAUUGGGGAUCGAGCACAUGUGAUUGAGCGCGAGCAAAAUGCCCAAACUGGAACCCAGGAGGAACGUCAGGACUUUAUAAAUCUCGAUGAGGAUGAGGCUGAGGAUUUCGAUCGGGAAUUCAUAACAAAGUCGCGUUCAUCAAUGCUGGCUGUCGGUGGUUCUCCAUCCGGCACCCAGAAUCCACAGAGGGAAUUGCUGGCUCUUCCUGCUCCGCCUCCCAGAGCCUCAUCGGCAUCGACAAUUACGGGUCAAGGAACACGUCCCAGACGUCCCAGGAAUUAUUUGCCAUCAGCCUCUCCAAGACGACCACUGAGAACACCCACGUCAUCGCCUUUGGCCCUAUCAACGACUCCCUCUUCCUCCACAAGCAUCCAUCCCCAUCCGUACAAUUCUUCGGCUUCACGGCGUCAUCGCCCCAUGAAAGGGGCUUCGUCGAGCCACCAUCCGCAUCAUGAGGCUCAGUAGAGACACAAAAAUAAAAACAAAACGCUAAUACGAUUCGCGAUAUUUGGACAAAAUAAAACCCUCCCCACGAUGGGAGGGAUUUAAAAGAAAAGAAAAAAAAUUUCAAUUUCUAUAGCAUAUAACUUCAGUAUAAGAGUAAAAAAAAUGAAAUCUAUCCUAUAAUUAAUUAUUCGUAUUAAAAAAAAAUAUUUCGUCAAGUUAUUUAACAGUGAAAUUUGGAAAGAUGGUAAAAAAAAACUACAAAAAGCGUAUAAAGAAAAUGUAGAGAUUAUUGUGUAAUUUAAGUGAUGACUUUUAAAUUGUAAAGACAGACUAACGAUCGAAAUCAAUCAGCUUGAAUUUUCCUAUUUUCAACAUAAUCAAAUAUCUCAAGAUAAAAAAAAAAAACAAAGAAAACUUGAAAUACUCUCUUGAAAAAAAAAAUAAACAAUUCAAUGAAAUAAUUAUCAAAAGUGCUGAGUAGAUGAUAUUAAUCCAAAUACAAGUACACAAAAUCAAGAUAGAAAAAAAAUGCUAGAAGAUAAGGGAAAUACUUUAAAUUAAAUUAGUCAAGUAGUGAAAUAAAAACUUUCAAAAAAAAGUAACUUCAAAACGAGAUCUUAUGGAGAAUAUUUGCAAAAAAAAGAAUAUUUAAGAAUGAUUACAAAUACAGCAAAAUAUUUAGCUACAUAAUGUGAAGUGUAAUUGACAAAAAGGACGAUUAAAGUGAAAAAGCAGCAAAAA